GUGUCAGGAUUUAAUAGCAAAAUACUUUUUUGAAGGAAACGCUGAAGUAGUUUCUUCAUUCCGAUUUGUAGAAGUAUUUGUUAAUGUAUUAGCAGAUCAGUUUACUCGUCUCUCAUCAAUCGUUUAUUUUACUGUAGAAAAUCUAAAAUUGAUCAUUAAGGAUGAAACGAGAUUAAGAACGACAUUAGUUGAUAGACUAAUUGACGUUUCUAAGGAGUUUGCAACUAGAUCAGUUAAGACUAAAGAAGCGCAAUUAGAAUCGACAUUGGCAUAUGAUGAUGAUACAAAAUUUGAAAUAGUUCAAUGGGAUGCAUCCAACCAUUUUUUGGUCUUUUUCAUGUCUCAAAAUCCGGAUUCGAUUUGUGCUUUAUAUCGUGAAAUGAAUAAAAUUCCUGAAAAUGUCAAAGAAUUUCUUAAAAUUCAAUACAUGGCUGGCCUAAGCAAAUGGGAAUUAGAAGAUUACAACCGGAUGUCACCCAGAUUGCUAUUAGAGAGACUUGAAUGUUUAGCACGUCGAACGACGCAUCAUAUAAAACUUCCGUCGUAUGCGCUAUCGUCUGAUAAUAUAAUAAAAAUGGCAUUAAUAUUGUUGAGGGCGCGUGCAAAUGUUCCUGUUGUUGUUGUGGGAGAAGCCGGAUGCGGCAAGUCUAGUUUAAUAGGGUACUUGGCCAAUGUGGUUGAAGUUAAUUACGAACCAUUCAAUCUUCAUGCGGGAAUUAAGGAGCAAGAUAUAUUAGAUUUCAUGGAAAAGGCUCAGAAAAAAGCUGAUAAUGGCGAAUUGUGGUUAUUCUUUGAUGAAAUUAAUACUUGCAAUCACAUCGGGUUGCUUGCAAAUUUGAUAGCACAUCGUACACUUAAGGGGAAGUUGGUACAUCCUAAUAUUAGGCUUUUCUCGGCAUGUAAUCCUUAUCGUAAAAGAAUCAAAUCCCAAAGUCAAGUCGGAAUAAAACCUAAGGUUAAAGAAUACGAAGAUCAAAGUAACCUCGUAUAUCAAGUAAAACCACUUCCAGAUCAAAUAUUAGAUUAUGUUUGGGAAUAUGGUGUUCUCCUUCCGAAUGAUGAAAAAAUAUAUAUACAAAUAAUGGUACAAACACAAUUAGGGGAAGGACAUGACUUACUUAUAGAGCUCUUAUUCGCAUCGCAGCAAUUUAUUCGUUCAAUUGAAGAAAAGUAUAGUGUUAGUUUGCGUGAUAUAAAGCGAGCAAUUAGAUUGGUCUUAUUCUUUACUGAAAGUCUUCAAUGUCAUUCAAGGAUCACGAAAAGUAAACACCAUUCAGCUCACCCCUAUCCACCUCAUCCAGAAAAUCCUGGUCGUAUCAAUUUUCUAUAUCGUUGUUAUAUUCUAGCACUUAGUCUUUGCUAUCAAUCUAGAAUAUAUAACCAAGAAUUACGAAGUGAAUAUCGCAAAGAAAUGAUUAAAGUUCUCCAAAGACAUAGGAUAGCCAUUAUUAAAGAUAAUGAUUUUACUAAAAUAAUCCGAGAUGAACAAGAAGAUUGGGUUAAAAGAAUGCAAUUACCACCAAAUACUGCGAUUAAUGAACCAUUAUUAGAAAAUGUUUUAGUGAUGAUUGUCUGUAUUCUUACCAAGAUUCCUGUGUUUAUUAUCGGUGCACCUGGAUCAUCAAAAUCUUUAGCAAUUAAACUUGUAGGUCAAAACCUACGUGGGACUGAUUCAAAUGAUAAAUAUUUUCGAAAACUUCCUCAGGUAUACCUUAUUUCUUAUCAAGGAUCGUCGUCUUCCACUUCGGACGGUAUUAUUAAAGUUUUUGCAAAAGCCAUUAAAUACCAAGAAACCAACUCAAAAGAAUUUUCUGUGAUCAGUGUUGUUGUUCUUGAUAACGUUGGAUUGGCUGAAAUUAGUCCAGAUAAUCCACUUAAAGUACUUCAUGCAUUACUUGAACCACACUAUCCGUCUGAUGGGCCAGUAGUUUCCGUUGUUGGUAUUAGUAAUUGGAGAUUAGAUAAUAGUAAAAGCAGCAGAGCCUUAUUAGUUCAAAGACCUAAGUUUGGUAUUGAUGAUCUUAUCGAUACGGCGGUUCGUUUACUUGAUUCUAAAUUGCAUAACUCCAUAAACCGUGCCUCACUUCAACCACUUGCGGAAGCCUAUUCAGAUUACGAAGGAUGUGGUCAAUCACAUUCUAACUUCCACGGUCUCCGAGAUUAUUAUGGAUUA